AGAGCGAGUACGCGCCUGCUUCACAGUCAGUUGACAGCUGGAAGGCAGAGAAGCUUCGCGCAUAACAAACUUUCGAUUAUGUUUUUAGUUUUUUGCUUUGAGGUUUUACGCGCCAAAAAGAGCAAGGUUUAGUUUGUAAAUGCGAGCGGAGGGCAUUCCCCUCCUCGAGUAUCAAAUUCUUGUAUUAAUUCGAGCAGGAUCAGUCUUUGUGUAAACAGUCUAUGUUUACAGGACGUAAGUGGAAGUAAGUGAAGUACUGUCACCGGUUCCUGAUAUAAGGGUGAAAAGAGCACAUCCUUCUCAGAGGAUAAUAACCUUUUGGAAGAAAAGAAUAUUGCAUUUUUAUUGCAUGCGCUUACAAUAAUUUGUAAGACAACUUCACUUUUACAAUCUCAAGAGGAUAAAAUUGGAUCUGUAAUUGAUGAAAAGUAGCUUUCGUUUGAUUUAAAGGAAGCAACGCUUUAAUAUCCUUUUACACUGUGGAUAUUUCAACAAUGCCAACCUGGCUGGAGACAGAAUCUUGUUAUAGUGGACUUCUAACCAGACAGAAGAAACAUGGCUCUCUGUCCUUAAACGAUAAUCAGUUGUGCCUGUAUUUCUUCAUGGCACGUGGAUGGGUAUAGACAUUGUUCUGCUGCAUUUGCCAUUCAUUUUCUACUCAUAACAAUUGACAAUCAAGCUCUUGGAGAAUGAUAUGUCCAAGAAAGAAGAGGCCCAUCAAAGAUGAGGAUUUCUCCGCCAUCGUGGUCCCCUCCAUGAGGGGUCACGGUUACUUGGAUUACACGGUUGAAAGUCAUCCGUCUAAAGCUCUGCAGAACAUGGACGAGCUGCGUCAUCAUGAAAUGCUGUGUGAUCUGGUUCUGCAUGUCACAUACAAGGACAAGAUAGUGGAUUUUAAGGUGCAUAAGCUGGUUCUGGCCGCCUCCAGUCCUUACUUCAAAGCCAUGUUCACCAGCAACUUCAAGGAGUGCCACGCGUCGGAAGUCACCCUUCGAGACGUUUGUCCUCAAGUCAUCAGCCGUCUCAUUGACUUUGCCUACACCUCGCGCAUCACAGUUGGCGAGACCUGCGUUCUUCACGUCCUCUUGACCGCCAUGCGCUACCAAAUGGAAGAAGUGGCCAAAGCCUGCUGCGAUUUCCUCAUGAAGAACCUGGAGCCAUCCAAUGUCAUCGGCAUCUCGAGAUUCGCUGAGGAGAUCGGCUGCACUGACCUACACCUUCGCACCAGAGAGUAUAUCAACACUCACUUCAAUGAGGUAACCAAAGAAGAAGAGUUCUUCAGCUUGUCCCAUUGCCAGCUGCUUGAGCUGAUCAGUCAGGACAGUCUGAAGGUGCUCUGCGAGAGCGAGGUCUACAAGGCCUGCAUAGACUGGGUACGCUGGGACGCAGAGAGCCGUGCGCAGUACUUCCAUGCCCUCCUCAAUGCCGUCCACAUCUACGCCCUUCCACCCACUUUCCUCAAAAGACAACUGCAGUCCUGCCCCAUCCUCAGCAAGGCCAACUCCUGCAAAGACUUCCUAUCAAAGAUCUUCCAUGAAAUGGCUCUCCGAAAACCCCUGCCGCCAACACCUCAUCGUGGGACGCAGCUCAUUUACAUAGCGGGAGGUUACAAGCAACACUCUCUGGACACCUUGGAGGCCUUCGACCCGCACAAGAACGUCUGGCUCAAACUAGGUAGCAUGAUGUCUCCUUGUAGCGGGCUUGGGGCGUGUGUUUUGUUCGGGCUUCUUUAUACAGUCGGCGGACGCAAUCUCUCCCUGCAGAACAACACAGAGUCUGGAUCUUUGUCCUGCUACAACCCCAUGACUAACCAGUGGACCCAGCUGGCUCCGCUCAACACACCCAGAAACCGAGUGGGCGUCGGGGUCAUUGAUGGGAGCAUUUAUGCUGUUGGGGGUUCACAUGCCUCUACGCAUCACAACAGCGUCGAGAGGUAUGACCCAGAAACAAACCGCUGGACGUUUGUGGCCCCUAUGUCAGUGGCGCGACUGGGGGCCGGUGUGGCGGCAUGUGGAGGUUGCCUGUAUGUGGUAGGAGGGUUUGACGGGGACAACCGGUGGAACACAGUGGAGCGAUACCAACCAGACACCAACACCUGGCAGCAUGUGGCACCUAUGAACACAGUGCGCAGCGGGCUGGGGGUGGUGUGUAUGGAUAACUACCUCUAUGCAGUUGGAGGCUAUGAUGGACAAACCCAACUCAAAACCAUGGAGAGAUAUAACAUCACUCGAGAUGUGUGGGAACCCAUGGCUUCGAUGAACCACUGCCGCAGUGCACAUGGAGUCUCAGUCUACCAGUGCAAGAUUUUUGUGUUAGGUGGAUUUAACCAAGGUGGUUUCCUGUCCAGUGUGGAGUGCUACUGUCCCGCCAGUAAUGUAUGGACGCUUGUAACAGAUAUGCCCGUGGGACGCAGUGGAAUGGGUGUAGCCGUGACCAUGGAACCGUGUCCUGGUAUCCUGCCAGAGGAGGAGGAAGAAGUGGACGAGGAGAUGUGACAUUUCAUCGUGUGCCAUUUUAAAGACAGCACAUACUGCAAUUCCCUUCAAACUUGAUUGUGCAUGCACGAGAUGCCAAUGAGGACAAAUGUAUGUAAUUUCAGAUUGAUUUUAAAGUUUAUUUGGAUCAAUCCUCCCUCAGCUACAAAGUGUGUGCGAUUUAGAGAGAGCAACAUGGCUAAUCACUGGACUAAUGAAGUGGUGAUCACUGUAGCAGGACUUUAAAUGAAUAUCCUGUGACUGACGCACAGACACACGCACAAUUGUUUUGUCGAACUUCUGAAUGUGUAAUUUUGUGAGCUUGUUAUAAAUACUUUUCACAUCUGUAAAUGCACUGUUUAAUGUGCACACCUGAUAAAACACUCAAAUCGCA